CUCCGCUAUAACGUCUUAUAUGGGUUAACCGUCAAAUAAGAACAUUUGUAUAGCAGUGUUGUGUUGCUGUUUUACGUUAACCUCGCUUCUUCUAGAUUCUAAAUUGAUAGGCUGUGUUGUGUGCCUCAGUUUGACAAGCCAUUUCAUGCCGGGCUAAGGGGCUCAAGUAGGCAGUCUAUAAAUUGAACAUUGCCUAUAUACUCCCGCACGUUCAUUUCAUUUACGUUGGUCUCAGUAGGCAACCUCCCUGAAAGCGUGGAUACUUGGGGAGCUAUGCUUAGAGGGGAGCACAAGAGUUUGUCCUCCGGGCACAGUGGACAAAAGUGAACUGUAGCUGCACGGAACUCGGUGCCGGCGGUUGUGGCUCCUCUCCGCCGUAUAGGAGAAAGACGUAAAACGGAUUCACAUUGUCUCCAGUUUGAGAUCAUUUUCCAAACGGAAACCAUCUGUCGGGCUUCAGCAACAAGAAAUUAUUUGGGUGUUCAGGGAUAUUACUACCUUCAUUAUCUACCGCACCCUCCUCGUUCGUAAAUCCCAGUCAUUUCGGAGUUCGUUCCACCGUGAAGCGAGCCGCACCACAUGCCUUCAAUGCUUUUGGUUGUUGCAAGCUUUUAGUUCGGCUCUUCGGGAAAGCAUGGUGAAUGAGAGGUCUCUUGUCGAGUCCAGAAGAAAAAACGUCUGACAAUCAGUUCUUUUUAUAAUGGUGUUACAACCAGAUAACAAUAUUUUCAACAUCCGAAGAUUCCUUAUUUUUUCCUCUUUCACGUAAUUCUGAACCUCUCCGCUAUAACCGCUCUGCUUUGGGACAUUUCUUUUUUAGUUGAACAUGCCUCUGGUGAAAGUUAUGAGUUCUCCAACGAAGGGACUGCUCUACGGCUUUUACAGCACUGUACAGUAGACGAGCACGGAGAGUGGAAGCAGUGUAACUCGAGGCGGGGUUAAAGUUCAGCUCUAUGGAGCGGUGAAGCGUUGGUUGCAGUUCGCAGAGUUGGAAAUGUGAAAGCAAGAAGCAGGCUUUAUUUUUCCCUCUCCCUUCUCUCUCUCCUUUUUUCUUUUCACACACACGGACUCAGCCAUCACGCAUACACGGGCACACACGGACACACACCCACACACAUACAUCACACAUACACACAUACACACACACCAUCACACACAUAAACACGCAGACCCGUUACAGUAACCCAAACACACACACAUACAUAUACCCUCCAAAUCCAAGAUUACAUACAUCAGACAUGUAUUCUCCGCUAUGCCUAACACAGGAUGAAUUCCAUCCUUUCAUCGAAGCUCUGCUGCCCCACGUGCGAGCGUUUGCCUACACAUGGUUCAACCUGCAGGCCCGCAAGAGAAAGUACUUCAAAAAGCACGAGAAGCGCAUGUCUAAGGAAGAGGAGCGCGCAGUGAAGGACGAGCUGCUCAGCGAGAAGCCUGAGGUCAAGCAGAAGUGGGCGUCGAGGCUCCUCGCCAAGCUCCGCAAGGACAUCCGGCCGGAGUUCCGGGAGGAUUUUGUGCUCACUGUCACUGGGAAGAAACCCCCGUGCUGUGUCCUGUCCAACCCUGACCAGAAGGGCAAGAUGAGGAGGAUCGACUGCCUGCGCCAGGCAGACAAAGUCUGGAGGUUGGACCUGGUCAUGGUGAUUUUAUUCAAAGGUAUUCCCCUCGAAAGUACUGACGGCGAAAGACUAGUAAAGUCUCCACAGUGCUCGAACCCAGGACUUUGUGUGCAGCCCCAUCACAUUGGAGUUUCUGUAAAGGAGCUCGACCUCUACUUGGCCUACUUUGUACACUCAGAUGCUGGCCAGUCAGACAGUCCUACCCAGCAGAGUGAGUCUGAUAUCAAGGACCAGUCUGAGAACGGACAUCUCGGCUUCCAGGACAGCUUCGUCACAUCGGGGGUCUUCAGUGUGGCCGAGCUGGUCCGAGUCUCGCAGACCCCGAUCGCAGCAGGGACGGGCCCUAACUUCUCACUGGCGGACAUAGACAGUUCCUCCUAUUACAGCAUGAGCCCUGGGGCCAUGAGGCGCCCCCUACCCAGCACCUCCUCCAGCAGCUCAGCCAAGAGAAUCAAGUGUAUGGAGGACGAGGUUGACAGUCCAGGAGAGGAGUCGUACUACCCAGGCCAAGGCCGUUCCCCAGGAAGCAGCAGCCAGGCCAGCAGCUGGCAUGAAGUGGAACCAGCUGGAUAUAAACUGCGUGGCUCGCUAGCUAGUUCGUUCAUCUCAAGACAAGGGAUGCCAUCGCCCAGCACAUUAAAGAAGUCAGAGAAGUUUGGUUUCAGCAGCACGGUUGUGCCUUCGCAGACCACCUCCUCCUCCCCCCGAACGGCAUUCACACACCAUCAUCGGCCUGUCAUCACAGGACCUAGAGCGAGUCCCCACGCCACGCCGUCAAGCCUCCACUUCCCCACAUCUCCCAUCAUCCAACAGCCCGGCUCCUACUUCUCCCACCCGGCCAUCCGCUACCAUCCCCAGGAGACCCUCAAGGAGUUUGUCCAACUUGUCUGCCCCGACUCCGGCCAGCAAGGAGGACAGGUGGGCUUCCUUAACAAGUAUGCAGACAUACCAUGGGGGAAAUACUGUGCAUACCCAUAUGACAGUCCCAGUGUAGUGAGGAGUGGUCCAGGAGGAAGCACUGCUGUGGAGCCCAAUGGGAGCAGUCAGGGGAAGGUCCACAACCCCUUCCUACCCACCCCCAUGCUGCCCCCUCCGCCCCCACCCCCCAUGGCGCGCCCCGUGCCCCUGCCCGUGCCAGACUCCAAACCUCCCUCCACCUCCACAGAGGGAGGGGGCAACUCCCCCACCUCACCAACCUAUUCCACACCAAGCACGUCCCCAGCUCAGCGCUUCGUCAGUGUGGGCCCCCGGGACCCCAGCUUUGUAAAUAUCCCUCAGCAGCCUCAGUGGUACCUGGGUUAAGGGUUCCGGACUCCCUCACCGCUCGCUGGACACAUCGCUGGAUCCCCUAAUUCUCCUGAGUGCAACCCGACCAGAACCGACACCCAAACCCAGAGAGAAACCCAACAACCCCCACCACCCCUGCGUCUCACCCAGUCUGUCACCGUUCCCCCCCAACCCCGGUGCCUGAGAGACUAGAGCAUCAGCAUGGCUACAACAGACCCCACCUCCCACCCCUGAAAACAAGAGGAGCGCUACUUAGACCCAGGCUAUAUAUCUAUAUAUAGUGAAUCUAUAUUCCCCUUCACAUGGUUGGUGUAUAUGGUUAUAUUCAUAUAGAGUUCCAGUCCCCUCCAACUGUCUUUUGGAAAUGCUAGCUGGAGCUCCAGAGAGAGAGAGAGAUAGCCUAUAUCUACUGGGAAAGUGCACGUCCUUCCCGUUUUAUUUUCCUUGUUGACCCCCUUUGCCUCAGUGGAGGAAUCAUCAUCUGACUAUAUCAAAGAGCUUCCCUCGAACCUUUCAUUGCCGUCGCUGACCUUUGGAGAAGGUCCAGCAGCCGUGGAAGGAACAGAGAGCUAGGCUUCCCUUCUUAGAUUAUGUGCAGUCCAUGUACGCAUCAGAUGUGUCUGUAGCUUUGGUGGCUUCACACAUCACCAAACCAGGAGAAGAUCGAAGCUCUUGUUUCUUGUCUUUCUUUGCCCCCCCCCCCCCCCCCACACAUUUUAUCCUUCCAGACUCUGUUGAGUUUGUUGGAGGUUUUUGCCCUGGGAUCAGUGGCUCAUGGAUGUGGAAGUUUCAUCUGUGUCCGAUACCAACCAGUUAAUACUCCUCACUGGGACGCCCCGACCCCACCCUUACGCCAACCUUACCCCACACCUACCCUAAGGAGGGACGCUCGCCACGGUCAUGCCAAGACGCUGAAGGUCUUCACCUGGCCACAGGGCUGUUCCAGGGACAUAUAGCUGUGCAAAUGGAAGCCCGUACAGAGAAGAACCAACCACACCACACUAAGAACUCUUGGGGCAGGGGACGAGAGAGGGGUUCGGCUAUUGAUGUUUAAUAUCGGUCUAUCGGGUGACAAUUUGGAACUGGUAAAAGGCUGCAACGUGAAGUAUUUUAAUGAGAGGCUUGUAAGAAAAGAACUUCUGACUGGGAGGCUUGUUCAUGUUUCAUUUUUGUAUAGAGCUCAUUUCAGUUGUUUCCGAUCAACCCACAAACUAACGGUCUGUACGAUGCUAUACAAUGCAAAAGGGCAUGUAGGUCUGUAACUCUACAAUCUGACGAGAUGGGAUACAUCCAUGACUAAUGUGAACAGUGGAAUAUUGAAUUGAGGAAAGUGCAAUGCUGGAUAGUGAUUGGAUAGUUGAAUAUCUUUGUAAGAUAGGUCGUUGAAACAAUUGUUGAAAAGUAUAUAUAUUUUUCUUCCUAGUCCGUUCACACCUCUGGGACUCUAAAAUAUUGGGGUACAAAAAAAGUUAAAUAGAACAAUAGCCUUGUGAGAGAAUAAGGAGAGCUGUCUUUAGUUUGGUUGUUUUCUAUUUGUUUAUCUUGUAAAUUUGUUAGUAUUGUAGAACAAAACAUCCCUUUAAGAAAUAUCUGAAUUUCAAACAAUCAGUUUUAAAGCAUUUCUUGCAGCUUUGAAUCAAUACUUCUAAAACGCAGUUAACUUAUUUUGAGGAAAGCACAUGAUUUUAAAUAUCAAAGCGGUGGUUCAAAUUUAACUUUCUCCUGAGGUAAAAUCAUAUAAUGCAAACCAAUUUCUUAGAGUAAUAAAUAUGUUUUCUCCACAAAUAAUAUUUUACAGGCGUCAAAGUUCCGGUUUGCCUGUUUGAUUGGCCAGGCUUUCUGUAGGUCUUGUCCAAUAAAAAGCACUUAUUCCUGAAAUUGGCUGAUGGGCUGGGACUAACCAGGGGUGGGAGUUGAGCGAGCCAGAGAAAAGGCAGAGGGACUCUUUCUGUGAGCGUUUGUGUUGCACGUUGAUAUUUACAUCAAGGCAAGAUCGCAUCCAGACAGUGAAGCUGGUCAGUCGCUUCGCAUGCAACUUACCAUUUUAUUGAAGUUUUGUUUAGUUUUGUUUGUUUUUCCUAUACUAUACAUACUAUAUAUAUAUAUAAAUAUAAAUAUAUAUACACACUCUUACGACCGACUCAUCCACCGUCGAUCAAAACUGAAUAAAAGUAUUAAAAAAUGUUUUUAAAAAAAAUCUGCAUGUUCUAGUGUUAGUGACACAUUUUUACAUAGAUUAUGUAGUUAGUGAAUAAAGACACAAUAUUGUAAUCUCAACAUCAGGCACUUGCCAAUAGACUAUAUUUGUUUGGCCCCUCAAGAGAGGCUUUUUGUACUGCUGUCCUUCACAAUCAACCAGCUGAACGUCUUUCAGACUCUUCUUCGCUUCUCAUCAUUUCUGAACAGUUUUUCCUCUAUUUCGUUCCCUCUUGAAAUGAUAAAUUCUCGUUUUUUUCCCUCAAAGUAUAUAUUCCGUUUGUAUGUCCUCGAAUUGCACGAAACAAUUGUUCCUCAUCAAUGUGCCUUGAGCGAUGGUCUAGCCCCGAGUUGUUGCACAAUGUUACAAUGUGGAGGGUUUCAUUUCUUCUUUAGAUUCCUUUUUUUUUCUGCCCCGCCUCCCAUUGUGUAGGGAACUGGAGUGAUCAACGUUGUAAUACUGAUAAGGAACAUUCAUUAUUAUGACAUAGCUGGUUAUAAGAAUCAGUAUUAAGUUUGCCAUUUGAAGACAGCUCAGGCCUGUAUGACAGUGCUUUUCUCACAAAGAGGUAACAUCGAGCUGCUGUCCGUGUGUACACGACUGUAAACACUAUCUCCGUCUGGUACUGCUGUUCUACUAGGCCAGAGUCAAUCUCCCCAAUACGACCCCUCGUUCUUAGUCGUUCAGUGAAUAGAAAUAGAGCUCUUAGGUGCUGUGUAUCCUGUAGAUAGCUUAGUUGACCCCCAAACCCUUCACCCCUUUUUGGGUUGAGAAUACAAGUCUAUUGAUAUUUAUGGAUGUUGCUGCAAUAUCUAAAUGGAAUCUACUUUUUUUGGAGUCCUACUAUUUCCGUUUCUUUCUUUUUGGUUCCCAGAAAUGAAUAAUGAGAAAAAAAUAUGCAAUAUCUGCUUGCACUCAUGUAGACAUACACUAGUUUUUUUUGUUGUCAUUUUUCUGUGAUCUUUUUCUUUUAACCAAAGUUGGCUGUGGGUUGGUGAUUGGUCCAUUUGGCAAACCCAGUCCAGGAGAAAAAGGUGCUCGGGUAUUCUACUUCUUUUGAUUUUGACACAUUAAAUGACCACAAAAUAUAUUUUGGUUCAACUUUUUUCUUUUUGGUCACAAGCAAGCCUUAAACAAGUCAAACUUACUCUCCAUCAUGAAAUUCACAUUUUCAACAGACUAAAAAAUAUGAAGUCCAACAAUAACAAAGUUACACUUUCUAUAUCCUCCAUUUCGACAGACUUCCAAUUUCCAUGUUUUAAUUGUUUACCUGUUUAUCUGUUUAUCACAUAUAUCGUUUUUUUAACAACAUUUUGAGUAUGGGAAGCCUUCUCCAAGUUGUCCGAUAAGAGGGUUUAGUAGUGACACUUGCCUGGGUUGUGUUUUCUUUAGUGUGACAGUUUUGUUUUGUCUUUGUUCUUGCCUAUUCUUUAGCCAUGAGUUGGGCAUUACAUUCUUAAUUAUCUGCACUAAAUAUGAAAUAAAUGACAAUAGUGAGAAUUAUUGAGAAAAAAACGGCUUCCAGGGCUUAUAAAAAAAGCGAAGGGAAAAAAAACAAUUGCACGGACAUUUUUGUCACAAAACCUCUGUGAACAGCCUAGCAUCUAAUCAGCAAGAUUUGGCUGUGUGUGUAAGAUACAACAAAAUUGCACCCUUUUUAAAGAAAGAAAAAAAGAAAAAAAUGAUAAAAGCAAUAGUUUGGGCAGUCUAUUUUUUGUUCUUGUGCUGUGUGUAAUUUAGUUCUGGGUACAGGAGUGGAGUGAAGAAGUGAUGACAAAGGAAUACCUUAAAAAGAGAAGAAAGCUAUGGAACUAGCUGGGCCGAAAGGCCAGACUUUGGGAGAGAUGUUGUUUGUAUGUUGUAUAGUUUUAUUAAUUACACUGAUUUUAAAGCUGCCCUAUUUUAUAAUGCAGGACUUUUGUAACAUUGAUUAAAUGAGGAAAAACUAGUGUUGUGAAUUUUCUGAUUGUUUGUAUUAAGGCCACAUUAAUAGAAAUGGUUUGUUUGUUUCUCCGGGAACUGGAUUUAAGUUAAAAACGUUCCUGUUCCUAUUUUUCCCUUUUUAUUUUGUAUGUAUUUAAGGACUUUUUCUUCUUUUGAUGGUAUAGCAUAUUCCUAUACUUAAAAAGUAUAGGGUGUUGAGGUGAAAAGCCCAUUGUAAAUGGAUGUUACAGUAUGCUAAAUGUGUUGAAGGUUAUGUGUUGCAUCAGUGUUGAUGAAGCUAAAUCUAGGCAAUUCUGAGGAAAUUGGUAAUAAAAGAGAGCGUUUUUUUAUGCAU